UUAGGGUUUCUCGCUUCACAGGUUUUAGAGGAAGAUGAAUUAUACGAGAUUUGACCCCAAGGUCCAGCUUAUACUUGCAAAGGCUCGAACACUUGCCAUCGUAUCGUCACAUGUUCAAGUAACUCCUCUGCAUCUCGGAGUUGGUUUGAUUUCUGACAAGACUGGUGUUUUCUAUCGAGCAAUCACCACUGCAGGAGGAAGCGAACUCUUGGCUCAGUCAGCUGUCAAAGUCAUCAAACAAGCCUUAAAAAAGCUCCCAAAACAGGUUCCUCCACCAACUGGAGCCAUUCCUCGAUACCCAAGUCGUAAGAAUCUUCCAAAACAGACUCCUCCAAUAUCGAAUGGGGCCAUUCCUCAAUAUCCAGGUCUUAACAUACCUCAAAAUCCCAUUCCCUUCUUAACUAGAACCAUUCCUCAAAACAAUGCAAGUCUUGUUAUGGUCUUAAAUCGUGCACAAACGAAGCCCGGGGAGACCAGUGUGGGAGUAGAGGCAUUGGUGAUUAGUCUUCUUGAUGAUUCUCAAAUCAGGGAUUUGUUGAAAGAAGCUGGUUCUGUACCAGAGAAGGUUAAGUCUGAGGUGGAGAAGCUUGGUGGCGAGGUAAACCUUCAGGCUUUGAAGACUUAUGGGAUAGAUUUGGUUGAGCAAGUAGGUAAGCUUGAUCCUGUCAUUGGCCGAGACAAGGAGAUUAGAAGAGUUGUUGGGAUUCUCUCAAGGAGAACCAAGAACAACCCCGUGCUUAUUGGUGAGCCAGGUGUUGGAAAAACUGCUGUGGUUGAAGGUUUGGCUCAAAGGAUAUUGAAAGGAGACGUGCCUAUCAAUCUUACCGAUGUAAAGCUCUUUUCCUUGGACUUGGGUGCAAUGGUUGCCGGAACAACACUACGUGGACAAUUCGAAGAAAGAUUGAAGUCGGUCUUGAAAGAAGUUGAGAAUGCUCAAGGCAAAGUUGUUCUCUUUAUCGAUGAGAUCCACAUGGCUCUUGGUGCUGGAAAGGCAAGUGGCUCCACGGAUGCUGCUAAUUUGCUUAAGCCUAUGUUAGCAAGAGGUCAGCUUCGUUGCAUUGGUGCUACUACGCUUGAGGAAUACCGAACACAUAUCGAGAAAGAUGCUGCAUUCGAGAGAAGGUUCCAACAAGUGUAUGUAGCUGAGCCUAGUGUCCCUGACACUAUCAGUAUUCUUCGAGGGCUUAAAGAAAAAUAUGAAGGACACCAUGGUGUUCGUAUCCAAGACAGUGCUCUUGUUGUUUCUGCUCAAUUGUCUGCGCGUUACAUCACUGCUCGACGUUUACCGGAUAAGGCAAUUGAUUUGGUUGAUGAGUCUUGUGCACAUGUGAGAGUCCAGCUUGAUAGUCAACCAGAAGAAAUUGAUUACCUUGAAAGAAAAACAAUGCAACUAAAGAUAGAGAUUCAUGCUCUCGAAAAGGAGAAGGACGACAAAGCUAGCGAAGCUCGCCUAGUCGAAGUGAGGAAAGAGCUUGAUGACUUGAGGGACAAGCUUGAGCCUCUUACAAUAAAAUACAAGAAUGAGAAAAGGAUAAUUAAUGAAACUCGGAGUCUUAAACAGAAACGAGAUGAGCUCAUGAUUGCUCUACAAGAGGCUGAGAGACAAUAUGACCUUCCUAAAGCUGCUGAUCUAAGAUAUGGGGCAAUUCAGGAAGUAGAAUCCGCGAUAGCAAAAUUAGAAAAGAGUGUUAAAGAUAACGUGAUGCUUACGGAAACUGUUGGGCCAGAGAAUAUUGCUGAGGUAGUGAGCCGAUGGACUGGGAUUCCAGUGACUGCACUUGACCAGAACGAGAAGAAGAGGCUGAUUUCUCUUGCUGAUAGGUUGCACGAGAGAGUUGUUGGACAAGACGAAGCCGUGAAAGCUGUAGCUGCGGCAAUUCUAAGGUCAAGGGUUGGACUAGGAAGGCCACAACAACCAUCUGGUUCCUUUCUUUUCCUCGGUCCAACUGGUGUUGGUAAAACUGAGCUGGCUAAAGCUCUUGCUGAGCAACUCUUUUACGAUGAAAACCUACUUGUUAGGCUUGAUAUGUCGGAGUAUAUGGAUAGAUCCACUGUUAAUAAACUUAUAGGGGCACCACCCGGGUACAUUGGUCAUGAAGAAGGUGGACAACUAACCGAACCCGUGAGGAGACGACCUUACUGUGUUGUACUAUUUGAUGAAGUUGAAAAGGCCAAUGUUACUGUAUUCAACACGCUACUUCAAGUGUUAGAAGACGGGAGAUUAACCGAUUCGCAUGGGAGGACAGUCGAUUUCAAAAACACAGUGAUCAUAAUGACUUCUAACCUUGGUGCUGACCACCUUAUUUCAGGGCUUACUGGUGAAGUGACAAUGCAAGUGGCUCGAGACAACACAAUGAAAGAGGUGAAAAAACAUUUCAGGCCAGAGCUGUUAAACAGAUUGGAUGAGAUAGUGAUGUUUCAUCCUUUGUCCCACGAGCAUUUGACAAAAAUUGUUCAACUCCAAGUGAAUAAUGUUGCUAAUCGUCUUGCUGAGAAAGGUGUAUCUAUGACUGUUGCAUUGGACUACAUUUUAGCAGCGAGUUACGACUCGGUGUAUGGUGCUAGGCCUAUUAGAAGAUGGCUAGAGAGGAAUGUGGUCACAGAUAUAUCGAUGAUGAUUGUACGAGAAGAAAUCGAUGACGACUCCAUUGUGUGCAUUGAUGUAAACGUGGAUAAAACUGAUCUUGUCUACCAAAUAGAUGAGAAUGUGGUUGCGAAGAAGACAGAGCAAACGUCAGAUGUUGUGAUUCAUUCACGGAAUAAGAGGGGAAGAAGCAAUGAAGAAACUUUAACCAAAAAAAUAAAAAGUGAAGUCAUAGUGAUAGAUUGAAGAAUGAUCAAGGAUUGAAAGUUAGAUUCAUAUAUCUCUACGCUCUGCUUUUUUUAUUUUAGUUUAUAUGUAAGAU